ACCAACUAUCAGUGCCGAAGGAAACGUGCCGGACAACGUACAGCCAGCACAGCUCAGCUCAAAAACAAUUGCCAUAACAAUGAGGCUGCAGUUCUUCUUGUUGUGCCUCGGCCUGAGUGCUCUAGUCAGCGGAGGAGCCACCUCCCAUGAGUCAGAGAGGCGGAUGCAUCCGGUUUUCUCGCUGGUGGGUUCCAACCCCCUGGGAGGACGGUCCAAGCGCGCCAUGCCACAGAUCGUGUUCGAUGCUAUUAAGGCCGAAGAGCGUUAUGCAGAAUACUGGCAGGGACUGGCGGCUCAAACCCUGGAGCAGCAGUUGGAGAGCAAGCUGAGGUUAAACACUCAGCUAGCCCGCAACGUGAUGCUCUUCAUCGGCGACGGUAUGUCCAUACCCACAAUUACGGCCGGUCGGGUGUACUUGGGCGGCGAGGAGAAGCAGUUCGCCUUCGAGCAGUUCCCCUAUGUGGGCCUGAGCAAGACCUAUUGCGCCAACAUGCAGGUGGCAGAUUCUGCCUGCACGGCCACCGCCUACCUGGGUGGAGUCAAGGCCAACUACGGCACCAUCGGAGUAAGUGCAGCGGUGCAGUUCAAAGAUUGCCAGGCGCAGGCGCAGACCGCUCACCAUGUGGCCUCGAUUGCCGCAUGGGCCCAGAAGCAGGGAAUGGCCACCGGAUUAGUAACCACCACAUCGGUUACGCACGCCUCGCCGGCGGGUGUCUAUGCGCAUCUGGCUAACCGGAACUGGGAGAAUGACGCCGAGGUUUUGGGAGAUGGCGGAGAUCCCAGCCUCUGUCCAGACGCCGCUGUUCAGCUGAUUAACAGUCCCGUGGGUCAGAAGCUUAAUGUGAUAAUGGGCGGUGGUCGCGAGAACUUCCUCCCCAAGAGCGUCCGGGAUAAUAGUGGAGCACCAGGACGUCGCCUGGAUGGACGCAAUCUCAUCGAGGAGUGGAAGAGCCAGCAUACAAACAGUGCCCAUUACGUGGAGAACCGCCAGGAGCUGCUUGAGCUUUCUAAUUAUACCUCGCGGGUAUUGGGUUUGUUUGCCCCCUAUCACAUGGCCUACCACCUGGAUGCGAAUCCCAGCGAGCAGCCCACGCUGGAAGAGAUGGUGCAGGCGGCCAUGAACGUGCUGGAACGCCAGAGCGCCGGUCGAGGCUACUUCCUUUUCGUGGAGGGUGGUCGCAUUGAUCACGGUCAUCAUGACACCUUGGCCCUGCGAGCCAUCGAUGAGACGGCAGAGUUCGACAAGGCGGUGAGAUUUGCCAGGAGUCAUACCAGCACCGAUGACACCCUGAUCGUGGUCUCCUCGGAUCACUCGCACACCAUGUCGCUGGCGGGCUACUCCAGUCGAAAAAAUGACAUCUUUGGGAUCAACGACGGACAACUGGCGGCGGAUGAUCUGCCCUAUGCCACCCUCAGCUAUGCCAAUGGCCCAGGCUAUGACAGCAACUACCUCAGGGAGGGCGGAGCCGUCAAAAGGAAGAACCUGCGGGCCAUUAACAUGAAGAACAAGGACUUUAUGUUCCCCAGCACUGUACCUUUGGAGUCGGAGACACAUGGCGGCGACGACGUAGCCGUCUUCGCUAGUGGACCCUACGCCCAGCUUUUCACCGGAGUCUAUGAGCAGCACUUCAUACCCCACGCCCUCGGCUACGCGGCCUGCCUUGGCGAGCGGAACAUGUGCGUAGAUGGAGGCAUCGCCAGGAGGCCACGAUAAAGCUUGUCGCGUGUCAAGCAGAAGUCUCAGGGAUCACUGUAUUAUUUUUGCUUAAGAAAACAGCCACUAGGUUAAGUCAAUAUGUUGGGGGGAGGGCAAAACAUUGAAUUGAAUA